UGCAGAGCGUGAUGCCAGAUUCACCAGGGGCUCCACUUAGGACCCAGCAUGCUCUUCCCAGGGCCGGGUAAGUAGCAGCCACCAUGAAUUAAGGUGUGGCCCUGUCACUCACGGGCUGUGGACCUGCUUCUGAAUAGAAAGGCUUAAUUCUGACAGCAUCCUCUGAACAGAGGGUCUUGCCAGUCAUGGACAACAACUUCACCUCCUGGCUGAGCCACUCUUCCUGGGAGCGCCGGAGGGCAUGGGCCAAGCCAAGUGUGGCUGUAGAAGAAGAGGGGUCCCAUGCUGAAGAGGAGGCAUCCCGCACAACCCAAGAAGCUCUUGAACCCUCAUUCUUGGAGGAUGGUUUCUUGCAAGGGAGCUCAUCCAAAAAGAUUGAGAGCUGGCUGCAGGAAUGCAGCUCUUCACUGGACCCCUUCUCAGAGAGCAUCUCUGCUCCGGGUGCCUAUGCUGGAUCCUGCAGCAACAGAACCAGCUUUGAAGAUGACCUUAGCCUGGGAGCAGAAGCAAUGGUGCUACUGGACAAAGACAGAGCUGAGCCUAGGUCCCAAAAGCAUACAUUCUGGCCUUCCCAACAUCUCAAUCUGGAUCACAGCAUGACUUCCAGUGCCGUCUCAGGCAGCACUAACAAGACCAGCUCCAGCAUCUCUGAGGUGCUGGACCUCUGUGAAGCUGAUGCUGAGACCAUCUUGUGCAACCUGGGCUUCGUACAAGAGGAGACACAGGCUGCAUCUUGGAUCCCAUCUCGGUUCUUCUCAGUUCCCUCCCAAGCUGAGGGCAUUGAUUUCCAGCUCUUCCUCAGAGCCCAGGUGCAACGGUUAGAGACGGAGGAUCCUUGCUUGAUGUUAGCAAGUCGGUUCAAGCAAGUCCAGACUCUGGCUGUAACAGCUGAUGCUUUCUUCUGCCUCUACUCUUAUGUGUCUAAGACUCCCAUCCAAAAGAUUUCCCCUGCCCACUUGUUCUGGGCUUUCCCAGACAUCCCAGAUUCUUGGGAUGUUCCUUCCCAGGCAGAAUCUCGGUCUCCUCUCAAGCGUUUGCAAAAAGCCAUUUCCACGAUGUGCUUGUAUACUUCUGUCCAAGGAGGGCCUCAAGGACCUUCUGCUGUACCAUCUUCUAUGAGCCGUCUGGAACGGGUAGUGUGGGAGGUGAUGGAAAUGGCCUGCAGAGACAAGUUCCACCUUGACGUGGAAGGCGUGAAGGAUGAGACUCACACAGCGCUCCCUGAAGUCCCCUUCCAUCAUGGUGGAAUGGGAAGUGACUCUUCAGAGUCUACCAUAGUGGAUCUGGCUCCUGUGAUUUCUUCCCCCUACUGCCCUGAAGCUACAUCUCAUUCAAAGUUGGAAACGUGGCUUUCUCACUGCAUGGGUAGAGAAAGCAUGGAGGGGCCAGACCACCUUGGCCAUCGAGAACUGUACUGUUAUGGACACCAUUCUCUAGAAGUGGUUUCAUCUCCAGAGGAAAGCAGUGAAGAAUCCCUUGGGGAGUGGUCAGCAGAAAGGGACUCACCCACCAGAGGGGAGAACUGUAUGGACAUCUUGACAGAUUUGAGGUAGCACAGUGGCUAAGAGUGUGAGCCAUAAGCCAGAAAGCUGGCAGAUCAAAUGCUGCUUUCAUUGUGAACUUAGCAGUGAUCUGCUACAUGUUCGAAAGCACAUCAAAGUGCAAGUAGAUAAAUAGGUACCGCUCCAAGUGAGAAGGUAAAGGGCGUUUCCGUGCACUGCUCUGAUUCGCCAGAAGCAUGCUGGCCACAUGACCUAGAAACUGUAUGCCGGCUCCCUCGGCCAAUAAAGCGAGAUGAGCGCCGCAACCCCAGAGUCGUCCGCGACUGGACCUAAUGGUCAGGGGUCCCUUUACCUUUAAAAACAGUGUGUUUCCACCGACAAUUUCUUUUGUCAUCUAGCUCAAAUAUUGAUUCAAGAGAUUGUCUAAUUAAAUGCUAAAAAAUAUAAAGGCAUGUGGGGAUAUCUGUUGCAUCAACAUGUGACUUAUGGAACUGAAAGUAAAAAGAGCAAUUUCCACAGGGGAAACUUUCCACACCAUUUCUGAAA